AUGGGAGCAAAAUGGAAUAUUAUCAAACGUCCAGUGAUUCACAAUAUUAUCAAACGAAAUAUAAAAAAGAGCCCCUCCUCCUUCAACAUUUACGGGAAAGUAAAAGUCGAAAAUCCAGUGGUAGAAUUAGACGGAGAUGAAAUGACCAAAGUAAUAUGGAAAGAUAUUAAGAAUAAAUUAAUACUACCCUAUCUAGAUUUGAAUAUAAAAUAUUUCGAUUUAUCUAUUCAAAAUAGAGACAGAACAAAUGAUGAAGUAACACUAGAAGCAGCAGAGGAAAUAAAAAAAAGUUCUGUUGGUAUAAAAUGUGCUACAAUUACACCUGACGCUGCUAGAGUUAAGGAAUUUAAUUUAAAGCAAAUGUGGAAAAGUCCAAAUGGCACGAUAAGAAAUAUAUUAGACGGAACUGUUUUUAGAGCUCCUAUUCUUAUAAAAAAUAUACCUAGAUUUAUACCUAAUUGGAGAAAACCAAUUAUUAUAGGAAGACAUGCUUAUGCUGAUCAGUACAAACAGAAAUCAUUAAAAAUUGAAAAAAGUGGUACAUUUGAAAUAGUUUUUACCCCCGAUGAUAAUUCUCAAGUAGUCAGAGAAAAGGUUUACCAUUUCAAAGGUUCUGGUGUGUGUUUAGGUAUGUAUAAUACAGAAGAGUCUAUCCGAAAUUUUGCUUUAUCAUGCUUCAGAUAUGCAUUAGAUCUUAAAAUGCCUCUAUAUAUGAGUACAAAAAGUACCAUACUGAAAAUCUAUGAUGGAUUAUUUACAGAUAUUUUUUCUGAAAUAUAUGAAGAAAAAUUUCGAAAAUUAUUUGAACAACAUAAUUUAUGGUAUGAACAUAAAUUAAUUGAUGAUAUGGUUGCGCAGGUUUUGAAAUCUGAGGGAGGAUUUGUAUGGGCUUGUAAGAAUUAUGAUGGAGAUAUACAAUCAGAUGCAGUUGCACAAGGGUAUGGAAGCUUAGGUUUAAUGAGUUCUAUUUUAAUGUGCCCAGAUGGUGUUACAUGCGUUUCUGAAGCUGCACAUGGUACUGUGACAAGACAUUUUAGAUCUUAUCAGAAAGGUGAAAAAACAUCAACAAAUCCUAUUGCAUCUAUUUUUGCAUGGACAAGGGGUCUUCAACACAGAGCUAAGUUAGAUAACAAUCAACCCUUACAACAGUUCUGUUAUGCACUUGAAAGGGCUUGUAUAGAAACCGUUGAAGAUGGACUAAUGCCGAAAGAUUUAGCAGCAUGCAUUAAAGGAAUUAAAAAUGUUACCGAAAAAGACUAUUUGUUCACAGAAGAUUUUAUAGAUGCAAUUAAUGAAAAACUUAAAUUUAAAUUACUAGUUUUUCAAAAAAAAAAUGAAACACAAGCGACUAAUACAAAAUUACAUAAUGAAAAUUGGAAUCACUAUGCACCACAAGAACAUGCCUCCUGA